AUGGCUAGCAUCCCAGAAUCAGGACUCUCUCCAAGGAACAACAAAAAGUGUAUCAACUGUGGCAGCUUCGGGCAAAGUGUGGCGCGACCAGUUGCUGCUUCGUCUGAGAUGAAAUCAGCAGAGGGUAUUAUUGCGGCUGAAUUGAAGGGACUUUCGAUCCAGGAAAGAGUCACUGCCUUGGACGAUUUGCAUUGUGUCGGUCAAGGUCAAGAAGAAGAUCCAGAAGUGAUCCGAACGGCUCUAGAGAAAUUUGAAGAAGAGGUUCGGAACGCAAAUCAUCCAGCGUACAACUUGGCAGUGAGGAAGCAAAAUCCAUACGUCCAAGACUCUGAAUAUCGACUUCGGUUUCUCAGGGGGGCCCUAUUUGACGUCAAGAAGGCAGUCCGACAAAUGCUUAGCCUGUUGCAGUACCAAGCUGAAUAUUUUGGCGUCGAUGCACUUGAUCGCAGAAUUGCUCUGUCUGAUCUAAAAGAAGAAGAAGUCAGAGUCAUGCUAAAUGGAAUGUUUCACUAUCCUACACAGACGGACAGAAAUGGCAGAUACGUGACCUACUGUUUCAGCAAUGUCUUCUUGGCUGGUAUUCCAGCCGAAACAAUGAUUCGCUCAUGCCUGUAUGCCAAUUCGUACUUCACCUCCUUUCCAGAUUUACAAAAGAAGGGUUUAGUAGGCGUCUACAUGGAUAUAGGUGAACCUGAUCAAUCCAUACAACUGGGUCCAAGGUUCUUCAGCUGGGUCUUCAAUUUGAUGAAGUUUAUGCUUUGUCUUCCUCUCAAGUUUUCAAGUUCGCACUACUGUAUCAAUGUCGGUAAUAGCAAGAAUGUGGCAAUUCACAAAAGUGUGAUUGAAACAUUCAUAAAGGUCCUUCCUAGUUAUGCAAGAGCGAGAACAAAGCUUCAUUAUGGGAGUGCACUGGAGAUCCGUUACAGCCUUCAGAGUCAUGGUAUUCCGAUGGAUACUUACCCGAUAGAUUCAAAUGGCAACAUUCGACAAGAUAUGAUUGAUAGCUCCUGUCUCAAGCACUACGGCAUUGAUGCUUCCAACUACAGAGGAGUAAAAACACCUCCCAACUUAGAUUCGAAUGAUGCACCGACAGCUGUGAUACCUUCGAUCGCCGCCUCCUCUCAGCAGAAUAGAAGCGGCCAUAUUGUUCCACUGGAACCCAAACUUACCGAUGUGCUUCUUGGGCGUGGAAAACCAAAUCAGAACCAUCCUGGGAAUAUCCAACUAAGAGCAAUGAUUGAGGAAUGCCAGGAAGAAUAUGAUGCGAUUGGUAGACUGGAGAAGCGUCAAAUGAUCCAGAACAUCAAGCAUGCGUGUCAUUCCAUAGGCACCCGAUUUCUGAAGCAACAAGGGAAUAAGAAUACCUGGGUCGUGGCCAAUUCCUCUGAGGCUGAUGAGAAGAUACGGCAACAUUUCAGAUGUGCUAGGAAGAAACGGUAA